AUGACUCAUAGGCGUCGGCAUAGUGAAUCAAACACUAUGUCUAUGAAGUAUGCUCAAUUCACUGCUCUUCGCGAGAAAGUCGAAGCUCUUUCAACAAGGCAAGAUACUUUCAAAUCUCGUGUGGAUUCGCAUCAGUCGACUCUAAUCUUGGUUGCUACAGCAUCUAGACGACUCCUUUCUUCGACGAGAAAUUUCACACUCGAGCUGAAACAUCUGCAAGAAUGGAAACAAAACAAAACUAUGAAAGAUGUGCGAUUGCGAAGGUUCAUGGGAAGGUUACAAAAGAGCAUAAAAGCUCUUGCCGAUAUGUUGGCAAUGGACGGUUGCGAAUCAAAACCUUGCCAGUAUGGUGGCACUUGUUUGCCUCGAUUUGGCAAAAAAUACAACUGCCUAUGCCCACCGUAUCGUACGGGUGACAACUGCGAAAUCGAUGUUGAUGAAUGUGCAAUGUAUUCGGGUACGCAUGCUGGUUGUCAACAUAAUGGCACCUGUGUAAAUCAUGACACCGGCUUUAGAUGUGAAUGCCCUACCGGAUAUCACGGACCAUUAUGCCAGUAUCAUCAAUCAACUUGCUCACGGUCGAUUGAAUUAUGUGGUCCUCAUGGACACUGUAUUGAUGUGGAUACAUCAGAAAAUGACGCGUCCUACAAAUGCCUUUGCGAUUGGGGUUACAAAGUUUCCGAUGACAAGCAAAAUCCCACUUGUGAAGAUGUGAACGAAUGCUUGGACAACCCAUGCCAUCCCGGAGUGGACUGCAUCAAUUUACCUGGAAAAUUCCAAUGUGCUGGCUGUCCCAAGGGUUAUCAUGGGAAUGGCCAAAUCUGUGCUGACAUCGAUGAAUGUGCUGCUGAAACCUACCCAUGCUCUAAAAAUCCUCGUGUUCCUUGUUACAACACUAUCGGUUCAUUUCACUGUGGAAAUUGCCCGCCAGGUUAUCGUGGUGAUGGACGCACUUGCCAAAGAAAAUCUGCUUGCGAUGAUGCACCUUGCUAUCCUGGGGCAACUUGCGUCGAAGAUCCGUCAAGUCUCAAUGUUGGAGGCUUCGCCUGUCAUUGCCCUACUGGUAUGAUGGGUGAUGGAGUGGGUGAAAAUGGCUGUCAGAAGAGCAACUCAACAAUUUGUAGAACCGAAGGUCACUGCUUUAAUGGUGGAACAUGCAAGCCGAUAUCAGCCACUGAAUAUCGUUGUGCUUGUCCGGAGUUUUAUUAUGGAAUCCAUUGCGAGCAGGUAUCCGCUUGCAUUGGUUCACCUUGUGAAAAUGGUGGCGUUUGUCAAGACGCAGGUAUUGGAAAGAUCAAUUGCGUUUGUCCUAUCGGCUUCUAUGGAUCGCUGUGCCAGUUUGAAGAGAACACUUGCGGAGGUCAUUAUACGGAUUCAUCAGGAAAUCUCACUUUCUCGACGGAGACAGAAUCUGUAGCCGAUGAUGGUUGCGAUUUUGUUAUCGCUACUGGAGAAGACAACUCGGCCCUUCAAAUCACAUUCGAAGUUUUCAAAGGCAUGAGCGGUGACUCGUCUGCUUCGGACUGCUCCAGAAUGCCAGCCAAUCUAACUCUAUACGAUGGCUCCAGUGAUAAUGCUCAAGUUUUUGCCACUUUUUGUGGUGAUGUCGGUAGCGGAAAGGCGCCUGUGAUUGGUGAACCAAUAACGAUGACAACUUCGAGUGCAUUGCUUCGUUUCAAAGGAACUAAAGGAUCGUUCUCGCUCAAAUGGGCAACAAAGAAGAGAGAAUGUGGUUACCGUACCAACUUGGCCACAGGUACACUUGUUGUACCACCUCAUCAUAUGGAUACAGCUUGUGAUUGGUUCAUAUCGGCACCGAUGGAAAAACAUAUUGAGAUUGAAAUUCCUACGGUAGAAAUGACCACAGGACUGCAAUUGAAUUGUUCUGUUAAUGAGGUGGAGGUCUUUGAUGGAUACACAUCUUACGAUGCUCAUAGAAUUGUUCACAUAUGCGAAACUACUAAUCAAACAACUGUAGUCCGAUCAACAGGUCCAUUCCUCACUGUUUCUUUCCGAAGUAAUGUCUUCGGAGGUUCAAAAAGCCCACUGCAUCGCGGGUUUACAAUGAAAUACAAAACUUUCGAACCUGAUCGACGCUGUGGUGGCGAUAUCACUAACAGUGAAAAAGACUGGGAAUUUGCUGGUUUCAUAGAAAGUCCAAACUAUGGCGGAUUUUAUCCUCCAAACAUGGACUGCUCAUGGAGAUUGGAUGGCAUUGGGUCCGAUAAUACAUCCACCGCAGACCAGACCCUGAAGCUGGAAUUCCUAACAUUCGAUGUCCCAUCGGCUUAUCAAUUUUCCUCCUCAAUGUGGCAGCAGCAGCUGGACUUUCCAAGAAGGGCUUUUGGUCUCUUCAAUAGCAUUGAGCGUCGAAUGGGACUACCGUUCCGACGUGUUAGUCCAUUAAUUCCUUUCCGACGUCAAAUGGUCUACCAAUGCACAGAAGACUACCUACAUCUCUAUGCCGAUGGACAACUGGUACAUGAUAGUUGCAAUGCUCAUCGCCCUCCAGCCACAAUGUUAAUGCCCCUUCCGCAAAUUGUGCUUCGGUUUCAUUCUGAUAGUGCGACGCAGGGAAAGGGCUUCAAAAUAGCGUACAGCUUAGUGUGUGAAAAGAAUCUCUAUGGGAAUGGAACCAUCCAGACUUGGAAUUAUCCGGAUGGAGGAAGAGCCGGCAAGUGCACAUACAUCAUCAGAGCGGACCAAAGUCAUGCAAUCAGGUUGAGAUUCAAAACUAUUGGAAUGCGGAGUGCUACUACAUCACAGUGCUUCUACAAUCGUGACUCGCUAGCAACUGCCACGGAUUACGUAGAAUUCUCUGGUGGAAAAGAAGAAGACAAACAGAUUAACCAACGUUACAUAUGCGCCAGAUAUCCUUUCGUGGAAGAGGGAGAGUUUAUAAUGAGCGCUUCGAGACCUUUGAUCAUUACCUACGCAAGUAGUGGUGACGAGAGGAAUCGUGGGCUGUUGAUGGAGUAUACAACCAUGGAUGUUGGAUGUGGUGGUGUUUUCUCACAAUCAACUGGCACUAUAAACUCUCCGAACUAUCCUGAUAAAUACUUACCGCAUAUGCAUUGUGUUUACCAGAUUCAAGUCUCAUGGUCCAAGCAAGUUCGCCUUACUUUCGACAAUUUCGAUAUCGAGGUAGUGCAAAAUGACGAGUGCUCAUAUGAUAAUGUAGCCGUCUACGAAUCUUAUAUUAGCCCUACUGAGCAUGGAAAAUUGCUGGGAAAAUUCUGUGGUACUAUGUUACCGCCUACGCUUCUAUCGAGCUCAUAUAAGAUGGCUGUUGUAUUCAGUUCGGAUAGAUCAAUUGCCGGAAAUGGUUUUUCGGCUAGAUUUGAAGGAGUUGAUCCAUCAGUCGAUUGUGACCGUACUUAUACAGAACCCGUAGGAGAAAUCGUCUUUGUUGGUAGCCAGGGACGAUAUUCGCAGUGUGAUUUCCACAUUUCUGUCCUUUCGAAUGCUCGACUUGUGCUGAGGAUGAAUAACGCUAGCAUACCAUGCUUCAAAUCACAGCUUAUACUAAGAAAUGGUGCCACCGAUCAAUCACCUGGAUUUGCUUCCCUAAAUGCUGAAUCGUCCAUUUGUGAUGAAUACCCAAUGCCGACGCUACGGUCCCAUGGUAGCCGGGUAUUCCUCAGGCUACAAACUACGGAUUCGUCGAACACAUACUUCAACAUCAGCUAUGAACAGAUUAUUUCAUCUUGCGGUGGACAUGUUGAGGGAGUUUCUGGUUCUAUAGCAGCUCCACAAUACCCGCUAAAGGAUUCAAGAAGUCUGGAUUGCUCAUGGACCAUUGCUGUCGCUCUUGGAAAUCGUGUUCGUUUCUCGCUUGUAAAUAUAGAUAAUCUGAAGUCCAGCGAUGAUAACGGUUUCUGCGGAAUGUUUGCGGCAAAUCGACUUGAUGUACUUGAUAGUCCGCACAGUGACGCUCGACUUAUGCGCCGUUAUUGUCGCAAAGUGGUCGGAGCCGAGCCCUUGACAUCAGAUGAUCAUGAAAUUGCUGUACGGUAUAAGCAGCAUGGUGGAGCUAUGCUUGGUCCUUUAUAUGGAUUUAUGGCACAUUUUUCCACAGUGUGCACUGACAUCGUUUUGACUGAUUUUAUGGGUUCCAUACAAUCACCUGGCUACCCGAAUAAUGUCUGGAAUUCACAGUAUUGCUCAUGGACCAUCAAGGUACCACCCGGAAAUCGCAUUGAACUCGAUUUCCAUAAUUUUGUUGUCGAUAGACGUUAUCGCUAUGGCGUAAUCCCUGGAAAAUGCUCAGAUAAUUGGCUUAAGUUCGGAGAAGGAGAAGUAGCCAGAGCCACCGUAAAAGUUGGCAAUUUCGUAAACCUCACCAGCAAAUUAGUCGAAGCUUGUUCUGACGUUGCCAGGCCUAUGAUAGUGAAGAGUAAAAACAAUGUCAUCCACUUAACAUACCAGUCCAAGAAACAGGAACAAAACCAUUUCUGGUUGACAUGGACAACCAUCGGUUGCGGAGGAACUCUCAUUUCACCAUCGAAUAUAUCUGCCAAUAUCAAUAGAUUGGAUCGUGACUCUGAGCAACUGGAGUGUGGUUGGCAGAUCAAGGCACCAGUUGGUAAGCGUAUACUUCUUAUAGUGGAUACGUUAGCGAUCUUUCAAAAAAGUGAGGCCAGCUGUCAAUACAAUGAUGAGAAGCAAGAUUUUGCUGGAAUGGCGAUCUUCGCUGGUCCUUCGAAUCGCUCCGGAUUUCCACAGUACACGACAUGUACUAGUCUUCGCAAUUUUACUUAUAAAUCACAUACAAAUGAGCUUUUCCUUCAACUUAAGUAUGGAAUGAAGUCAGUGAUGCCGGAUGCUGGAGGCUACUUUUUCAUGGCUAAUGUCGCCUUUAUCGAUGCAGACACUACGAACAGGGACGAAUGUGGAGGAAUUGUUGAAGUCACCUCUGCCCAGCCUUCCACUAUCCACUCUCCUAAAUUCCCAGAGGAAUAUGAAAGGGGAACGGAGUGUCAGUGGCUGUUUAAGACACCUCCCGGAUAUUACUUGAUCUACACCGUCAAGGAAUACGUAACACCAAAUGCACAUGAGCAACAAACUGAGAAGAAAUGGAUGCCUAGGGCGAUGAACAAUUUGACGUGCCAGGACCCACUUCCUCUGAUUGAAGGAGCUCUCACGAUCUAUGGAGGAAACGAUACAAAAUCCGAGAAAAUUGAGCGAAUAUGUUUGGAUAUCGACAAGCCCAAGGAAAUUCCUGUGUUUACAAGAGAGUCUCUGGUCACAUUCCGUGGAGCUGCCGCAGCUAGAAUACAUAUGUCAGGAGAAGACCAGCAUGUUAAGAGAAUUGGCUUCCUGCUUGAAGCUCGAACUGCCUGUGGUGGUUUAGUUUUAGCUGAAGAUGUAGAAGGUGUGAUGACAUUCAACGACCUUGCGGAGGAAAUUUGCAAUAUAACAAUACGUAAAAAGGACGAAUCUGCUUCCGGUAUCUAUGUCCGAUUGGACGAGUUUAUCAGCCGUGGAAUUACAAAACAUCGCAGUAAUGAUAUGAUGUUCGGCAAUAGCUAUAUAGAUAUACAAAUAGAUGGUGGAGAAGUAAUGUCCCGUGAAGCCAAGGGUCCCUACCUUGUCGAAGCUUCCACUGCUCACGAAGAGUUCCGCGCAAAGAACGAAAUCAAACUGGCCUUUGUGAAGAAGAAUUCUUUGCUUGCUGCUCGGGUCGUAAUUGCGUACUCCACAGUAAUUGACAACUGCGGUGGCGAGAUCACAUCUCGGGAAGGGUUAAUAAGCAUCCCGGAUAUUGAGGGUGAUUUCGAUUGUGUAUGGACGCUAAGAGAAAACCCUGGCAAUGUAGUGAGAGCGUCUGUUAGUGAACUGAGAGUGCCAUACUCUCCGAACUGCACCGAUUCGUAUUUGGAAUUCCGAAAAUGGAAUGCAUCAGGUCCGCUGAUCGGACGUUGGUGUGAAAGAAGUACAUCGAUGUUUGGCUUGGAAGAAGUGAUUUGGAUGAAAUUCCGCUACAGCAGGCCAGCAGAAAUUGACAGCGACGAAGAUUUGAUCAAACCUGCUAUGAGAAUCUUGUUUUCGAGAGUGCAUGGUGGCGCCACGACUUCCCAUAUAAUCCAACAACCACUGGUUCUGAUUGAUGAAAUGUACACCAACUUUAUGUGGAUUGUUGAGGGAGAACAGGACAAGGGACUACUCGUCCAUAUCGAUUCUAUCCGCAUUCCUGAGGAAAAUUAUGAAGGCUAUGAUGGCGUCAACAAAAUUGGACUUUUCCUUUCCGAGGCUACGGACAACCCAAGUCCAAAUUUCGUCUUGAAUAAUGGUCGACCAGGAAGCGUUAGAUUAUCUGGAUUCAUUCCACCGGCUGAUAUCUACUUACCGUAUUCGAGAAUGGAAGUUUCAUUCUUUGCGCCACCACGAAGUGAAUUUAAACUCAAGUGGAAAGUUGUCCCGAAAAGAAAUGCGAACUAUACGGAAGAAACGGACCAAAAGAAUGCCACACGGGUGUAUACCUGCGGAAGUACACUUGUACCAACCUGGGAUUGGCAAGAAAUUAGCAAUCCAACUGCUCCUGGAGAAACAAAUUAUGAGAACAAUUUGCACUGUAAAUGGACUAUAGAAAGACCAAUAAUGACUGGAUUGCGUGUUAUGAUAAAAAUGAUGGAUUUGGAAGAUGUGAAUGGCUGUCCAUUCGAUUUUAUCUCAUUGCUACCAGAUCGUGAUAUCGACGAAGGCGAUGGAGACGAGUUCCAUGCCGGUCAGAAAUACUGUAGAGCUACACAAGUGAACACUACGUUGGACUAUUCUUACAACAAGGUGCUUUAUGUCCACUUUGUUACCGAUCGUUCCAGGACCGGCCGCGGAUUCAAGCUACAGUAUCGACUAACUUGCAACUCUUUCGACUACAUUCGUCCAUCAUACGGACUUUUAGAGCAUAUGCUCACAAGCCCUGGAUAUCCAGAACCGCAGACUGAUCAGAGAUGCAUGUGGUCUAUCGUACUGGGCUCAAACAGAAGAAUUGGCUACGAAAUACUAGACAUGGACUUGGAACAGACUGAAGGCUGUACUACCGAUGUUCUUUCAAUCUCUCCGCGUUCUUCACAGUUCUCCGUACACCAUAAGAAGGAAUCGAGUUUCUGUGGUCCAUUUGACUCACUAACGACUCGCAAUGGAACAAUGCAAAAUGGCCGCAUUUUUAUUAGAUACACUAAUGCAGAGGCAAAGAAUAAGGGCUUCAAAAUGCGCAUUUUCGAAAUUUCUGAGGACUGCAGUUCCGAAAACUUGUUUGUAGACGAAAGUGAGCCUAGCAAGGUUCUGGCUACACCUCGUUAUCCUGGAAUGAUACCACAUUCACUGGACUGUCAGUACACUUUGCGGGCGCCGAAUGGACAUCGGCUCAAAUUUACAGUUGAUCCGGAGAAAUUCAAAAUGGAAUCUGCCGAUGACGAGUGCGGCUGCGAUGAAUGUGAUUGGCUUGAAAUCCGUGACGGACCUACAGGACAUGCUCCGCUCAUUGGCAGAUACUGUAACAUCUAUGCACCAUCCACAAUAUAUUCUACGGGAAACUUCCUGUUUGUACGAAUAAGAACGGAUUCAUAUGCUGCCAGCAACGGUUUCACAGCUGCCUACGAACUAGCAUCCUGCGGUGGUACUGUAGUGCUUCGACCUGGAAUCAACCAGACACUGACAUCACCGAACUAUCCAGACGUCUAUCCACUUAAAUCUGAAUGUGACUGGUCUGUACGAACACCGAAUAGUCACAUGGUGGAGGCAAAAAUACUACACAUGGGUCUCACAUGGAAUGUCAACUGUUCCACGGAUAGCCUAGCAAUCCGUGAUGGAAACAAGACAGCCCCGUACCUCCUUGAACCUCAGUGCAAUGGUCGCUAUCUCAACAAAGUUGACUAUCGCUCAGCUAGUAGCGAAAUGACUGUGCAGUUUAGGUCAAAUGGGACUAUUCAGAAAGCCGGUCGACAACUGUGUAAGGAUAAGAAAUGUGGAUUUGAGAUGAUGCUACGAGUUAGCAAUGAAUCUUGUGGUGGAAUCAUUACUGACCAGGAGGGUCAGCUUACAACUCCAGGCUACCCAGGCCGAUUACUGCCCCAUGUCAGAUGCGAAUGGGAGAUGCGUGCUGGCAUUGGCUAUCGUUAUCUAUUAUCUUUCGAAUUUUUGGAAGAUCGCGAUGGUUUCUACCAGAAAAGGUUCGGUGGCGAAACUGAUGGAAAAGGAUGUUUUGCAGAUUUAGUGUUCUUCAAUGGCAAACCGAAACAUGAAGCGAUAAACUAUAGAAAUGAUCGGCUUUUCUGCGAUUAUAGGAAAACAUUUGUGAGCGAAGCGGAUCUGUUGACUGUGAUCUAUUCGGACUCGUACACCAAGCAUUACAUAGGUGUUACGGAUGACUCCAGUGUCAAUGUGUACUAUGUUCCGUUCCGUGUCAACUACACAAAGGUUCCCGCAGAUUAUGAUCAAAAUGGCUGUGGUAUGCUUAUUUCGAAAAAUGACACCGUAACUUUCGGUAAUUACACAUCUGGGUCGGCUGAUGGCGUUCGGUAUUGUCAUGCACUCCUUCGACGUCCAGCCGGAUAUCAAACAACUCUAUUGGAAAUUACAGAGUAUAGCGAGAAUAGUGUGCUAAGUCUAGCUGAAUGCUCGGAUUGGUCAAAUUCGGUCAUGCUAGAAUCCACAAUCGACAUUCCUCGAGUAGUGAACGAACGAUUUUGCAAAGCUUCCUUCAUGAACUCAUCCAAACCAAUCACUCGGCUGUACCUCAAUCAAGAUCUUGAAAUCCACGUCUUCUCUAUGCAGUCAGCAUUCAUGCCGGAGGAAGGCCUUUCAUUCACAUUGAAUGUGCAGUAUUACGAAUGUGGUGGAAUUGUCAAUAAUCCGAACAGUGGAGUGAUUACAAGUCCGAACUUUGGCGAGGGUCGCUUAUAUCUGCGAAAUUCGCAUUGUAUGUGGAUGCUUGUGGCACCGGAAGGAAUGAUCGUCAAGGUGGGACAGGUUCUUUUUUCAAGUAUUCGAGGUUCUGCACUUUAUUGA